AAAACCCGCAACACGGCUGGAGUUUAUAUAUACACUACUACUCGCCAGUGGGAUAAUCACAACAGCCUUGCCUUACGCCCUAAUAUCAAAUAUCGAUUUGCUAAAAAGAACAAAAAAAUUCAUCAAGAUAUCGUCUGGUCCUUCUUAGGCACUAACGUUCAGCCUCGACUAUACGUCAACAAGCCUAAAAGCUUCUAGCCACCAAACUUUACAAAUUUCAAAUAUACCUGAAACAUAUAAACACAUAGGUAUCCCCGGACAACCUGGUUGGCUAUUUUAAUAGCUAGGAAGAUGAACAUGCAUUAUCACUCUCAGUCAAGCUAUGCCCCUUCGGCAUAUAACUAUCCGCCAAGCAGCAACAUGCAAUAUUCGCAAAACCCUUACAAUGGUUAUGCUGGGUUUGGUGGUAUCCAGUAUAUGUACGGAUAUCAACAGCCUCGCAGCCAUAACCAUAUGUUAGCCGAUCAAUGUUCCUUGGCGGACUCUAAGACGGAAUCUAAGCCGCGGCUAUCUAAGGAAGAGGUUGAGAGACUUGAACAUGUGUUCAAGGAGAACCCGAAACCGUCAAGUGUUGCGAAGGGUCAACUUGCAGAGGGGUUGGGCCUCGAGCGACCGAGAAUUAACAAUUGGUUUCAAAAUCGGCGCGCGAAGGCUAAGCAAGAACGAAAGCAGAAGGAAUAUGAGGCGCGGAGGAGAGCAGAGAAGGCUUCUUCGGAGCCGACGUCACCUGACGAUGAAACUCCAUCGAGCGGAGCUUCAGAGAAUGGUGGAGAGAGCGCACGCCAGCACAAGCAACCUUCUUCCGCUCUCUUCCCUAACAUCGACUCCAAAGAAGACCUCGACGACGGUUCACCGGCCUCCGACGACCACGACUCGCCUCUCGCACAGGAUGAUGCUAACACCGUCAAGGGUCAGACUUCAAGUGAUCUUCAAUCUCCCCUGACACUUGAUUUCACGCAACCGGAAUUGUCCGAUUUCACCGAAUCAGACUACCUCUGUAGACCUAUGGAUGACUUUGGCUCUUACAUCCCUUCGCAGCAUGGUAUGGGGCAUAAUGGCCCAGAUGAGCAGCCGGCCAACUUGAACAGCAGUAGCGCGCCCUCCCCUGACGAGCAGUGCACCACGGGCGGACAUUACGAACGUCGGUACUCAGCGAUGGAUGCGGACUUUUUGGUAAACUCAACAACGUCGCCAUACAUACAAUCACAGACGGCUUUUAGCACCCCGAUGAUGACUGGAAAUCGUUUGGAAACGCUCUCGAUCCCUAACGAGUGCGCCAACACGCCGGUAUCGGGUCAUCCCGGAAUGUCAGCCACCGCCGAUUCUUUCAGGUCGCCUCCUCCUCCCGCGAACAUUGCUUCCAGGCGCAACAUUCCUCGACCGGCCACCAUCCAGACUGGUACAAUGAGAAGCCGGUCGUACAAUCUUGGUGGUGGGCCCAAGACUGCAGUUGAUGGGUCAAGGAGAGUGGAUUCAUCGAGCCCGGUUGCUUCAAUACGACGAAUUGUCUCGACCGCCGGAAUGCACGCAAGAAUUCAAAAGUCGACUGCGACACAGCGAUCACCUAUGGUCUUCAACCGCAAUCCCGAGGCUCUACUGCACUACCACGCCCGUUCACCAGUGGGCGCCGUCGCAGCAACGUUUCCGGGGGCAGCACCCCCUACUCCGAACACGCCAGCCGUUCUCGAACAACAAGGUAUCCGGGAACCUACAGUAUCCUCCACUAGCUCCGAUGAUGCUCCGUAUUUCUUUAACGGCCUCUCUUCUGGUAUGAUGCCGGAAAUCAAGGUUGAUUCAAACCUGAAAACGCCACCGAGCACCCCAGGCCUCCUGACGCAGUUCAAUAAUGCCAACUACCCUUCAAACCCGUAUACUGCUACCACUGUAGAUUAUCCUACCGACCAGCCAAUAAUGACCCCAUUCUUUCAAUCUGAGUUUAAUGAUUUCAGCAUCCGGGGUUUACCUGUCUAUACUGAGGCGAACGAUGGAAGUCUCCCUUCGACGCCACUAUACCCCAACAUGUUUGGUGCCAUGCAGGACCAAAGCCUGUAUGCUCAUGGGUCAACGGGGAACACACAGUUUGAUUGGGAUGCCAACGAAUCAGUCAACUCAUCGAAAUCCUCUCCUAACCAACCGAGGUCGAAGCAAAUUCAAUUUACCCAGAACAUGACGCCUCAAGACUACAACAGUCACCAAGAGAGAUGAAUAGUUGUGGAAGCUGGACUACAUCUUCGAGCCAGUUAGCUUCACCAAGAACACCCCCUUGUACAGGAUAGUGCGAUAAAAGCCUUUGAUACCCAGUUCUUGGAGUUGUUGGACUUGCUCGGCCGGCCCUAUUAAGGAUCGCUUGUAUCAAUAUUUAUUGUCAUUUAUUACCGGAUCUUUUUCAGACUUCUCGCAUUGGCAUUCACUCGACGGGCGAUACGAUACGUCCUAGUAUAUGUCAAUCCUUUCAAGGCGAUCGACUCGACCAAAAUUAAGCUUUUCUUAAUGUUAUGAACCACGGAUAAUGCGCUGGGAUCGGAUUGGCAAAAUAAGUGAUACCCCUGGAUGGAAAGGGGAACUGACCGGAAGGUGGAGUGUAUACGAGGCGGUCCCGGAAUACUGUUUAGCCCUAGUACCUUUCCUUUCUUUUGAUUACCUGCCUAGGUAAUCAGUCAAGAGACGAGCUCCUAAACUAGCACAUAUGUCUCUAGUAUCCCUGAAAACUUUUUAA